AUGAGUUGGAAACGUUUGCUCGGGUGAAGCAGUCUGUCACCAUGGGGAGGACCUCACUGUUAUUUGUUCUCUUUAUGUCUCUUCCUGCACUCUCUCUCUGUGACCCUCUGUUUAUACUAACAGCACCCAAUAUUUUGCGAAUUGAAAGCGAAGAAACAGUGGUUCUCGAAGCCCAUGAUUUCAAUUCUGACAUUGAGGUUGAAAUUCGUUUGCAGGAUUUUCCUCAUCGUACGGUCUCACUAUAUGAAACCAGAAUCCAUUUGAAAUCAGCGACUAACUAUCUAACUACCACCACUGUCAAGAUACCUGCAGAUACAUUGCCGAGGGAUUCCAGAGGGAACCAGUAUGUAUAUUUGGAAGCAACAUCGCAAUCAUAUUUUAUGUUACGAACUGUUAUCCUUGUUUCACAUCAAGCAGGCCACAUCUUUAUCCAGACUGACAAACCAAUCUACACACAAACUCAAACUGUGCUUUAUCGCUUGCUCACAGUGGACAACGAUAUGAAGCCAAACCAACAAGGCAUAGUAGUAGAACUUAUGAAUCCACAAGAUGUCAUUGUUGAGCAGACAGAGAUUUAUACAAAAGAUGCUGCUGGAAUUGUUGGAAAGACCUUUAAUAUACCAGAGAUUGUGAACAUUGGAAUGUGGACGAUGGUUGCAAGUUACAAAAAUGCCCCCGCCAUAAAUUUCACAACCCAAUUUGAAGUGAAGGAAUAUGUGUUGCCAAGCUUUGAAGUUACCUUGGAAUCAAAGAAGCCAUUUUUUCAUGUUAAUGACACAGAAUUGCACAUCACAGUCACUGCAAGAUUCACAUAUGGAAAACCUGUCCAAGGACGAGCCUUUAUCCUGUUUGGAAUAAUGAAAGAUGAUGAAAAGUUGCCCAUUUCAAAGUCACUUAAAUCAGUGCCUGUUAUAGAUGGCAGUGGAGAAGCCACCCUGAAAAGGGAACAAUUGGCUGAAACCUUCACUGACAUUGACGAACUGGUUGGGAGUUCAAUUUAUGUUACUGCAAGUGUUAUCACACAUGCUGGCAGUGACAUGGUAGAAGCUGAAAAAACGAACCUAAAAAUAGUUCGCAGCCCAUAUACAAUCUCUUUCUCCAAAACCUCCAAGUAUUUCAAGCCUGGGAUGCCUUUUAACAUAAUGGUCUAUGUAACAAAUCCCGAUGGUUCCCCUGCCGGGCAGGUUCGUGUGAAGGUUGACGGUGAAGAUGUCAGCUCAACCACUCGAUCUGAUGGAACGUCCAUGUUGACCGUGAAUACAGCAGGAAAUAUACAAUUAAUGUAUUUAAAGGUUUCAACAGAUGUUCCUGGUAUUCACGCAGAUCAACAGGCAACUAAAACAAUGGAAGCAUUGGCUUACAAGACACAACGUGGAACAAAGAACUACUUGCAUAUUUCCAAUAACCAUGAAGACCGAAAAGCAGGUGAUAAUUUAUUGGUUCACCUGAACGUUGUAAAUGAUAACGGAAACGUCCAGGAGGAAAUAAAAUACUUCACCUACAUGAUGAUUAGCAAAGGGAAGAUUGUCAAAGUUGGGAGACAACAGAGAAAAACAAAUCAACGUGUGACGACCUUACAGUUCCCAAUCGAAGCAAACUUAAUUCCAUCAUUCAGACUGUUAGUUUAUUACUACGUUGUCAUAGGAGGACAGGUGGAUCUUAUUGCUGAUUCUGUGUGGAUUGAUGUAGAGGACACAUGCAUGGGAAAACUGGAGGUUUCUAUCGUAAAUGACGACAUGAAACCAUUCAAACCCGGAGACGGGUUUACAUUGAAACUGACAGGUGAUUCUGGAGCAAAGGUCGGACUCGUUGCUGUGGAUAAAGCAGUAUUUGCGCUGAGUAAGAAAAAUAAAAUAACUCAGAGUAUGAUCUGGAGUGUGGUGGAGAAAAAUGAUAUUGGUUGCACACCUGGAAGUGGCAGUGAUGUCUUUGGUGUUUUCUCAGAUGCUGGAUUAGCCUUUGUAACAAGCACUAACCUCAAGACUGAAGCAAGAACAGAGCUGAUGUGUAAACAGCCAAAUCUACGCAAGCGUCGUGCAACAGGACUGUCAGAAUUCAAAGCCGAGACACUGAAGAGGUUCAAUACCAAGCAUCUACAAAAUUGUUGCAAUGCUGGAAUGAAGAACAACCUUAUUGGUUACAACUGCAGUCGAAGAUCUAGAGUAAUACAAAAGGGAAAAGAAUGCGUUGAUGCCUUCUUGCACUGUUGUGAAAACGUUCACAAAUAUCUGGAACAGCUUGACAAAAGCAAGCUGAGUUUAAGUCGAAGUACUGAUGACGAAUACACUCCUUAUGAGGAUAUAACUGUUAGGUCUCAGUUCGACGAAAGCUGGCUCUGGCAUUCGGAAAAUCUUCCAACACUGCUGGACAGUGAUGGCGAAGCAUCAAAGCAGAUGCCGCGGCGGUAUCUUAAAGAUUCGAUAACAACCUGGGAAAUACAAGCUGUCAGUGUGUCUCCAGAAAAAGGUGUGUGUAUUGCACAACCCUAUGAAGUCACAGUUCUACAAGAUUUUUUCAUUGACCUUCGACUUCCAUACGCAACGGUACGCCAUGAACAAGUGGAAAUUAGAGCAGUCCUCUACAAUUAUCAUAAUAAAGAAAUUACGGUUCGGGUGCAGUUUCCUUACAAUGAGAACUUGUGCAGCAGGGCAACGCCACAUAAACGAUUUACUGCUCUAGUCAAAGUUCCUGGGAAGUCAACUGUUGUGGUGCCUUUUGUUAUUGUCCCAUUGACAGUUGGGGAAAUAAUGAUUGAAGUAAAGGCAUCAGUUCCGGGUGUAUUUGUGAAUGAUGCAGUGAGAAAGCCCCUCCGAGUGCUGCCGGAGGGAGUAAAAACUGAACUCCCAGUGGAAACCCACGAGUUGGAUCCCAAAGGUAACGUGCAAGUGUUUAAUGUGUCUGUCCUACCGCCAAAAGAUAGAGUUCCACGCACAGAAUCGUACACGUCCAUCAGCGUUCAAGGUGAUCUUUUAACUCAAUCUAUUGAAAAAACUAUCGAUGGAUUGAAACUGAAAAAUCUAAUCAGAAUUCCAAGAGGAUGUGGUGAACAGAAUAUGGCAUCAAUGACUCCGGUGGUGAUUGUUGUAAAAUAUCUAGACGAAAAAAAUGAAUGGCCAUUGGUGGGAGUGGAUGCCAGAGAAACUGCACUGAAGAACAUUCAGACAGGUUAUAUCACACAACUAAAAUAUCGCAAGGAUGAUUAUUCUUUCGCCGUUUACGAAGAUUCUCCAUCCAGUACAUGGUUGACUGCCUAUGUGGUUAAGGUGUUUGCGAUGGCACAUAACAUGAUCACAAUUGACCGAAAUGUACUGUGUGGAGCUGUGAAGUGGCUAAUAUUAAAAAAACAGAAACCUGAUGGUCACUUUGCGGAAGACUAUCCAGUACAUGACCAAAGAAUUAUGGGAGGACUUGGAAAGGAAACCACCCAUGCACCGUUAACUGCAUUUGUGCUGAUUGCAAUAAUGGAAGCUCAACGUGUUUGUUCACAACAUGUUACGAGUUAUGAUAACACUAUCAAGAAAGCAGUAUAUUACCUGGAGAGGCACAUAGAUGGCCUUCAGGGAUCCUACGGUGCAGUACUUUCAGCUUAUGCCCUUUCACUGAAAGGUGUGGACAAGAAGAAAAUUGUGAUGAAAUUUGCUUCACCAGAUCAAUCACACUGGCCAGUAGGCGGAGAUGCUAACUCUCUAUAUACCAUUGAAGCCACGGGAUAUGCACUUUUAUUCCUCUUGCAGCAGAUGCAGUAUGACGAAGCUGGUAAAUUAGUGAGAUGGCUGUCAAAACGGAGUGAAUAUGGAGGAGACUUCAGCUCUACUCAGGCAACGAUGGUUGCGCUUCAAGCAAUGGCCACGUAUCUGACUGAUGCUCCUCCUAUCAAGAAGUCUGAAUUGGAUAUUGAUAUAUAUAUUCCCAGCAAGCAACAUACUUAUCAAUGGGGAAUUCGUCCAAAAAAUAUAUAUGUCGCAAAAUCAAGAACGUUUAAUGACUUCGCAAAUUUUACUGUACAGGUAAAGGGGCAAGGACAAGGAUUAUUAAAAGUUAUGGGAACUUAUUAUGCAUUGUUGCCCAAGGAUGAAAAGGAAUGUAAGAAUUUCAAUUUGAACAUAACUGUUGAAAAUGUUGAGAAAGUUAAUCGACCUAAUGAUGCUCUAAAUUCGCUCCUGCUAAAAAUCUGCGCACGCUACCUUGGAGCAACAAACACCUCAAUGGGUAUUUUAGAUAUUUCCAUGUUAACUGGAUUCACUCCAGAUUUCUCUGAUCUGAAUCAGCUUAAAGGUGGAAUUGAGAAGUAUAUUUCAAGAUUUGAGGUAGACAAGGCAUUGUCUACAGCAGGAUCACUGAUCAUUUAUUUAGAAAAGGUGUCAAAUCUCGAAGAGAGCUGCGUUGCAUUUAAAGUGCACCAAUUCUACAACGUUGGACUCAUUCAACCAGCUGCUGUCAAGAUAUAUUCAUAUUAUGAUACAACAAAGAAUUGCACUAAAUUUUACAAUGUCCCCGAACACAGUGGUAUGCUAAGUAAAAUAUGCGUAGAUGAUGUGUGCAGAUGUGCUGAAGGAAGCUGCGUUUCACUAAAGACAGACCAAAGAGAUCUUGCAAAACGUGAUGACGUUUCCUGUGCCCCAGGAAGUGAUUAUGUUUACAAAGUGACAUUUAUUGGAAAGGAAAAGAGAGACAAUUACAUAUAUUACGCAAUGAAAAUUCUGAUAGUUAUCAAACAAGGAACCGAUGCAGUCGCUCAAAAUACUGUGAGAGACCUAAUCACACUUGCCAACUGCAACAUUAAAUCUAACAUGGAACUGAACCAUGAUUAUCUAAUAAUGGGACAGCGCUCAGAUCUGUGGAGUGAUGGGGAGAGAGUGAGAUAUGUGAUUGGAGAAAAAACAUGGAUAGAAAGGUGGCCAAGCAAUGCAGAAUGCCAAGAGGAAAUGUUCAGAGUACUCUGUAAAGACCUGAGGGUGUUUGCCGACGACCUCCAGUCCUUUGGGUGCGAUAACUAAUUACAUUGCAGCUUAAAAUAAGCUGCCCAACAGUUUUCAUUAAAUAAAGCCAAUUCAUCUUUUUUUUUAUG